UGGACGUUUUACACUUUGUUAAUAAAUACAUAGAUAAAAUGGAAUUAGUGAAAAAACAUGCAAUUUUAAUCAUAAUUGGAUAUUUGUUUAUUGAGGCUGGUCUUUUAUGUGGUCUGUUUACAAACAAAUGGAUAAAGACUAAAGAAUAUCAUUUUGGCUUAAGAAGAUAUUGUAACAAUACUAUAGAUGGCACCAUCUGUCACAACGUUGUGGAUAUACUCCCAAAUCUUGAAUAUAUGUUUGAUGUAGUGUACUAUCUUUUAAUUGCAUCAUGUAGUUGGAUCAGUUUAGUUUUUAUCGUAAUGUUUUCUACCUUACGUUGUAAUGGAUGCAAAGGGAAAAAGACCCGUAGAUGUACCAGCUUGGUUAUGUUUUCUUGGUGCCUGAUACAAGGUGCAGUUCUAACUAUUUUCGUGACAGCAAUUAUAGAUAGAAUGUCUGCAAGUUUAAGUGAUGCUGGAUGGUCAUUAUAUUUGGAAGGUGCCACUCUUAUUUUAUCAUAUGUUCUACUAACUAUACAAGUCUGCUGUAAAGAUAAAUCUGGUCGAGACAGCGCAACUGUUGAUAUAGUAGACGAAACUAUGUCAUACUCUAUUGAAAAUAUAUUAAGAGAGGAGAACGUAAUUGAAGGAGGUCAUGCACCUUUGAAUCACAUUAUGAAUGAUCCAAAUGCGAUAUAUAUCGACGAAGGCAAAGCUCUGUCAUACUCUAUUGAAAAUAAGUUAGGAGAGGGGAGCGUAAUUGAAGGAGGCCAUGCACCUAUGAAUCACAUUAUGAAUGAUCCAAAUGCGAUAUAUCAGUAAAUUUCAGUCGAAACAUGAUAACACAGCUGCGCGUAGCCACCAAAUACGGGUGCAAGUGAACGUGGUCAAGCCUUUUGUGAAUUGUAUUAUGAGGAGAUCCGUUGAAUAUGUUCCAACUGUCGGGAUCCGUAUAAAGAACCGUCCUUCCUUCUUCUGAGCUGACUAUUUUGUAGUUAUUUUUAUAUUCAGUUAAUUAAAGUUAAAAGAUUAUAUGAUUCAGUUUUCAAAAUAAAAGUGCAAUGUGCACUUAGUGUUAUAGCUUUCUUAUAGUAUUUGUUGAACAUCUUCAAACAGACUGUGUAUCUUUAAAAUCAUUAGUACCUUUUAGUUCAUGUUAUAAAGUUGUGUGCAAUUGAUAUGCAGAUAAAAUCAAUUUCUAGUCUAGGAAUAUUAACUUAGAAAAUGUGUUUUUUACCAUUUACCAAAUCGCCUUACAAAAUAAAUUAAUAUAUCAUUAGAG